UGAUUUAAGUAUGGCGGUGUUUCAUAAAGAUCCUUGUGGACUUAUUUGUCUUUUCAUAACUUAUUCCGCUGUGUUUUAUGCAGACUAUUGUAUAGUUCAACAUGUUGUUCGUCCCACUCUAACAGAAAGCAUCUGGGGCAGCUUACAUGUUUGUAUAUUUAAUAUCAUUGUUCUACUGUUGACAAUAUCCCAUGUCAGAGCAUCAUUUUCUGAUCCAGGGGUGGUAGCUAGACCCUCAUCAAGUCUUGAUUUCUCAGAAAUAAAUAAAGCAAAAACUAAGCAAACAGAGAGUGAAAAUGAAUGGACUGUCUGUGCAAAAUGCGAAGCUUAUCGUCCACCGAGGGCACAUCAUUGCAGGACAUGUGGAAGGUGUAUAAGAAAAAUGGAUCAUCACUGUCCCUGGAUCAAUAAUUGUGUUGGAGAAGCUAACCAGAAGUAUUUUAUUUUAUUCUUGUUUUACACAGGUCUAGCAUCACUGUACAGUAUAAUUCUCACAGCUGUGUCAUGGACAAUGGAAUGCAAUGGCUGCACCAAAGACUAUGAGAAAAGAACAAGAUUAAUUUACACUGUAAUUUUGAUGAUCGAAGGUGUUCUGUUUGGUUUAUUUGUCCUAGCCAUGUUAUGUGACCAGUUCUCAGCCAUUACAGGUGACCUCACAGCUGUGGAACAUGUACAGCGGCAAAUCAGAACAAACCGCAAACCAAGGAGUGCUCUCUUAGCUGAAGUGUUUGGAAGAGGUGGAUUUUUCAUUUGGUUCUGUCCAUGUUCUACUCCUCCCAGCCCACAACGGUCAACAGCAUCAGAACGCUAUAAUGUCUAACUGGCAUGGUUUCAGAAAGAACAAAGCAAUGAAGGAGAAUCUAUGAUCCUUUCAGAAGUCAUUAAGUUAGAGCGUUUUUCUUGCUUCAUUUGUGGAGUGUAAAAACAUGCCCUCUCAUUUGAAUAUGGCAGCCCAUAUUAACUCCCUGGAAGUGACUUGCCAUUUUUUCUUCUCCAAUCUGCAGUACAUUUCAUGUAAAUUAGUCUAAAAAAUUUUUUGUGUUACAUCAACAUAACACCCUUAAGCUUAUGAUUUUGUAUAUAUUUAUUACAUUUUUCCAGGAUAAUGUAUUGAUAUGGAAGUUAAAGAAAAAUACCAAUUAUGAUCUUGCAUAGAGCUGAAGUUUGCAAGGGGAAUGCUUUUCCUGGUAUUUCACCCCAUGGACACAGUCUUUAAAGUUGAGUGAAGUUUGACCAGCCACAUAUACCUUCAUUAUCAUUAUCACUGCAAGGUCAUCCUCAUCAUUAUUGUCAUUGUCAUGAUUAGCCAUUCUUGAAAUGUGAUUGGUUACACAGCAUGCAAAUUAAGCACCAGUGAGAACUUCCUAGUCAUUGGCUAAUGGGGAUGUGGCACAGGAUAUGGUCGCAUUAUCAAAGCAUUUUUUUGCCCAUUUUGAAAUAACCCCAUUCUUGUAUCAACACAAACUGUGCAACAGGGUUGAAUAUCAAUUUUUGCCAGUGUUAGUAAUUUCAAUGGAAAUUUAUUUUUCUUAUGAAGAUCAGUUGACAAAUCACUAUCACUCCAGAAAAUACAUAUUCAGGCAAUAUGCAUGUACCUCUAAUCACUGUAAAAUAGUUAUCUGAUUCAGCUUUAAAAUUGGAAAAUACUGUUUUGUAAAAUUUAUUUUUGAAAAGGUGAAUAUUUUAACUGUGCAUAUUUAUUUAUUAAGAUAAAUAAGAAACCCAUCUUAACUCUUUCACACAACAAUACAUUGCAUAAAUCCCAUUCUCUUUUAGUAACAGUACAUUAUUAACACAUGCAUGCAAGUGCAAAUUCCAAGAUGGUGGGAUGUCACUGUGUGUCUUCCUGUUUUGGGAUUUCUUUGAUGUGCAAGGAAAUCAACUUAUUAAUUUCCACGUCAGUGUUAGAGCACUUUUCAAUUGAGAAUUGCAAAACCUAAACAGAAGUAAUCACAACGGCAAAUUAGAAGAAAGGAAAUUACAUUUAACCCUUGAACUCCCAUGAGUGACCAAGACAGAAUUUCUCCUUACAAUAUCAAUACAAUAUCAACCAGAUAAGUGAUGAGAAUUAAAAAUAUAUCAAUUUGGUAAUAAUUAGUUGAUCCAAUAUUAAAUUCUCUGAACUAACAUGAUAAGAAUUGUAUGGCUGACAGUAAGGAGAAUUACAAUUUGAUCUGGGAGUUGAAGGGUUAAGAGCCGAUGAGAACUUAAGUGUGGGAAGAUGUGUGCAACCAGUUCAUGUUUGGUUUUAGUUUUGCAUGUGAUUGGUUGUGAAAGUGAUGCAAGUUUUCUGGACCAAUUGCAUAAUGAGGCACAGCAAAACCAAUGUGAUUCCGGAUUACUUUUGACACCUUUAAAAUUGAAAAUUGCUCUUAAAGAAGCUUUGUAUCAACUUUAAUUCUCUCUCUCGUGGUAUGAAAAAGAUAGCUGAAGAAUAACCUGUUUACAUCCAUUCUCGUGAUAAAUAUUUCUCCAUGCAUAAUUUAUGUCCAAUGUGUUGACAAAGUAGUACCAACAAUAUUAUUUUCAAGUAUUUAGGUUGGUUUAGGUUGCAAGUGUUUCCUCUCUCAAAAACGCUAAGAUGUACACAUUAUUCAAAUAUUUAUUAUUAUACAAUUAUUGUGA